AUGUAUCCACAACCAAGUGCUCCUCCAGCACUCAAACCAUCAACAUCACAACAACAACAACAACAACAACAAGAUAUAGUUGUUGGAGAUAAUGAUGAUUUGGAUGAUAUACUCAAUAAUAUCAAUAAUAAUAAUAACAAUAAUAAUAAGAUAGACAAUAAUGAUUAUGAUUUAAAGAGUUUACAGAUAUACUCACCAAAGAGUAAUGGUGGUGUAGAUCCAUUACAAGAGUAUAGACCAAUGUCUUCACCAUACGGGCAACAACAACAACAACAACAACAAUCAAUUGUCAAGGACAACAUAACAAGAGUGGCUCACUUUGGUAUCAGCAUGGACAAUGCCACCAAGCUCUACGAAGAAUGGCUCAAUGGUCUAUGGUUCACACCAACAGGAUUCAAGAGACAAGUUGGAGUUGAUACACUUCAGAAAUUGUAUAUACCAUUCUACAGCUUCAGAGCGGUGUACAAUGUAUACUUCCAGGGCAAUGUAUCUUAUAAUGACAAUUGGAUACAACCGACGAAUAACAAUGGCAAACUGAUCAUCCCCUCAGUAACACCAUCACAACAGCAACAACAACAAUCUGUGGCGUCAGUUGCCACCGCUGCAAUCUUACCAAGCAAGCGACCACCAACAAAGGCACGCGAACAAGGCUUCAUCACGAGAACGGUCAAUCGCAUCUUUCUAUGCGCGUCCAACUCAAUCGAUUGGCAAGAGUACCAAGACAUUCGCGUACUCUUUGACUUUAACAAUGUGGAUGCAGUGUCUGUCAGCGACUUCAAGAUACGUCUACAUCAGGAGAAUGCCAAUGAGGCGAUGCGCGUUGUCGAGGAGGUGGUGUGGGCUCGCCACAAGAGUCGCAUCGAGGUGGAGGAGCAGGCCAAUGCACUGGCCUACCUCGUCAAUCAGGAGCAGACGCCACACAUUGACAAUGUCAGCAGCAAUGUACAGUUCCUCUCUUGCUUUGCCACACUCUACUACGUGCCAUUCUAUCACGCCAGCUACAACUUUGAAGACAAGACCUACAGCUUCUUUGUGGACGGCCAGAAUGGCCAGGUGUUUGCCACGCGACCCAACUAUGGCCUGGGCAAGAUUGGCGAUGCUGUCAAGGGCGUCAAGAACUACUUUGGCAUGAUCUUUGGAGUGCAGGAGCAGGUGCAGAAGAAGCGUGGCGCCGAGCUGGCCAGCGAGGACGGCACACAUGUAUAUACUAAGGACAACUACUUUGUGACGUGGCCGCGCUCCGCCACCGGCCUGUUCAGCGGCUACGUGCCCGGCUGGCUGACCAUCAGGAACAAGUCGUCGAGGCCAGUGACCAUUCGUGCACAGAAGCGUCGCGGCGCUCGCAAAGGAGCACCGAUCGAGUUGGGCAUUUGUCAAGAGCGAUCAUUCACCUACAAGGGACAUCUCUGCAUCGAAGUGCUCGACGGAGACUACACCGCCAUCGGCAUCACGUACUUUAGUACUACAGGCGGUAAUGAGAAGUCGGCUCAACUCACCAACCUUCUGUACGGAUGA